AUGGCCCAGCAGCAGAUGACCAGCUCGCAGAAGGCCCUGAUGCUGGAGCUGAAAUCCCUGCAGGAGGAACCGGUGGAGGGCUUCCGGAUCACCCUGGUGGAUGAGUCGGACCUCUACAACUGGGAGGUGGCCAUCUUCGGACCCCCCAACACCCUCUACGAAGGCGGCUACUUCAAGGCACAUAUUAAAUUUCCUAUUGACUAUCCAUAUUCACCUCCUACCUUCAGAUUCUUGACCAAAAUGUGGCACCCCAACAUUUAUGAGAAUGGAGAUGUAUGCAUUUCGAUUCUUCAUCCGCCUGUAGAUGACCCACAGAGUGGAGAACUGCCCUCUGAGAGGUGGAACCCUACUCAGAAUGUGAGGACUAUCCUAUUAAGUGUAAUCUCACUGCUUAAUGAGCCUAACACCUUCUCUCCAGCCAAUGUGGAUGCCUCAGUUAUGUUCAGGAAAUGGAGGGACAGUAAAGGAAAAGACAAAGAAUAUGCUGAAAUCAUUAGGAAACAGGUUUCAGCCACUAAGGCCGAAGCAGAGAAGGAUGGAGUAAAGGUCCCCACAACUCUGGCGGAAUACUGCAUCAAAACUAAAGUGCCUUCCAAUGACAACAGCUCAGAUUUGCUUUAUGACGACUUGUACGACGAUGACAUUGAUGAUGAAGAUGAGGAGGAGGAAGAUGCCGACUGUUAUGAUGAUGAUGAUUCUGGGAAUGAGGAAUCGUGACAUGCUCCUUCAGUGCCCCUGCACUGCCCUGCCUUCUCAGGCCAAAGGGAGGGGAGCAAGUGGGGACCUGGCAGAGGCCCCUCAGCAAAAACCUAUUCACAGGGGGUGGGAAAACACAGCUCCUGCUGACUCCCCAUAUGGAUCUCAGUUUGCUCCUUUUUAUGGACCUUUAAUGGAGAGAGAAAUACCCUCCACAGAAUGUCUGAAUUCUUGCAUUCUUUACCCUUCCAUCACUGUAUUGAUUCUUUUUUUUUCAAUGACAGCAACCCAAACUCUCACCUCACAUCGUCUACAGAAUGUUCACAGCAAAACACGUUUGGUCUGUUUUUAGAUUCUUGAAAAAUUAAAUAGUCUUUCAAGAUGUUUAAUGUGUUUAAAGCUGGGAACCCAUUUGGAGUUCACAAAUGCUGCAUAUACUGCAAAAGAAAAUGAAAAAACAAACAAACCCACAAACUUUAAAGAAAAGCAAAUUUGCCAAGGUUUAGCUGCAUUUACACUAGUGUGUGCAUUCGUUCAGCCCCAUGGUGGUGAACAUUACUUCUUUUCCUUGCUAAGGCUGGGAUGCAGCAGGUGUCAGGGACUCGAUGCUAAGUCUAAGCCGCACGCAAUGUGCUCCUUUCGCCUCCCUGAAACCAUCUUAACAUGAAGUCUUAGCUACUCUGAGGAAAGGAAUUAGAGUUUGUUUUUUGAAAUCGAUUGGGAUCUAAAGCCUGAAAUAAAUAUUCAUACUUUACAUAGAACUGAGCACUUGGUUGCUAUUUAUUUUAAAGGCAGGGUUAUUUUUUUCCCCACCAGGGUGUGGGCGAGUGGGGAGGAUAUGGGAAUUAGUGUGUGGAUUUGUAGUGAUGGGAACAAUUAAGAAAUAACUAUGCCAAUGCUGGCUGUUGCUGCUGGAGGCAAAGCCAACACUACUACUGCCCACUGCUGGGAGACACCUGUCCUACACAUCCCACUGCCUUCCCUCCAGAACUACUCUCAUGGCGUUUGGAUUGGUUUUUUAAAGUAGACACUUUUAAUUACUCAGUAUUAAUCCUAGGUGCAUGUGUUAAGAUUUUGGUUUUCCAUUGAGCUGCUUCUACCAAUAGCGAUAAAUGUGGAUGUGAGACCUGAGUGACUGGUUUUUGCUUUCCUCAUUGGAUGUGAUCUGGGCUUAUUUUUCCCCUUUCUCUGUACUUUGGCUGUGGAAUACAAGCAGAAACUGCACAGAGCUCCCGGGCCUGUCUUCUGGCAGGGCCAAGGGAAGUGACUGCAGGCAGUGUUUAAGCCAGACAAGGCUACAAGAUCUUCCUGCGCUGCAGUUGCUGCAGCCCUAAUUUCCCAGGUCUGUUGUACAUUGUUUCAAUCAGUAUCAACAUCCAGCAGCCUUCACCAAUCCAAGAAUUUCAGAGCGGGAAGGUGAAAUUUGGUUUGGGGCUGUUGCCAGUCCAUGGGAGGGCAGUGCUCUUUGGGGAAGACUGGUAGAACAAAAUGAUUUUGGAAAGAAAAUGUAAAAUGUAUACAGCAAGGGCUGAAUGUGGUCCUACUCAAGAUCCCUGUGCACCUGUGUCAUUUUGUGAAGAUCCUAGCGCAGAACCAAAAGGCAGUCCGAGUCCCAGGAUGGUCAGAGUAGGCAAUGCUUUACUUCCAUAGCUCCUCCUUCCUUUCUGAUCUCAGGGUUUUCAUUCACUCUUCAAUCUUUCCCAAACAUAGCUAUUUCCCAGCCGCCCUCUGGCCUCUCAAGUUUGAUAUGAAAUGAGAAUGCUCUAGGGGACACUGUUCAGCCUUGUCUAAAAAUCUAUAACCCCCACCCAGUGAGGGCUGCCUCCUUCAUCCUUGAUUCCAGUACCAUUCAAGGAAUAGGGCAGCAAUGUGUUAACACGUUCUUUAGGUGAUUAAUUACACUCUGAACCGUCAUAGUUGGUUGUUGGGUCUAACCUUUUCAUCCCUGCACUGCUUAGGCAAUGCUUCCAGAUAACCUGCAAAUAUUCUGGAGCCAAAGCUUCUCUUGAUCCUCUCAAUUACCUAACAUCCCUUCCCCUCGGCCCUGGCCCUCCCAGCCUUCUAUCCCAGGUUUACAGCCAAGAGCUUGGUCUUACUCUCUUGGAGCCCUAAAAUUAAGCCUUUCAUUUUUACUGCUAGAGCAUCUCGGACCCAGGACACGCUGGGCAUCCUGGCAUCAGGGGAGGUGCCGUGCUGCUCAGUGCUGUCCCAUCAGGCCCCUGUUGGCCUCUGUUGCACGUUGACUCAGGGAGCCAGAGAGCCAAGUGGCGCUUGUUCUGACUACCCUUCAGGUGUUGUCUUAUGAGAAGUACCAUCAGUUCCAGAAAUCUGGGGUGUGCUGACUUGAAGACAUUAUGAUCGGGUAGAUGCUGGUUCUGUAUCCUGUCCAAAAUACUUGAGUAAUCAGGUGGGGGAGGGAGGGAAGUAGAGGUCUCAGCUCAACCCAGAACCUUUGCUGAGUACAGCUGUGCUGAUUUAGUACGACAUGAACUCAAAACCCUGCAUUCUUUUUAAAUUCUGAUUGAGGCCUCACUGGAUGCUCUUCAUUUCCGUGUCUUCUGAGGCGGAUGAAGGUGUAAGACAAUAUCAUGAUUCUGUUGCUGCUUCUCUCAAAGUCUUCCCCCUUUUUCUCAUCAUUCCGGAGUCCUUUUUUAUUAGACACAAGUUUUUGUAGUCCUGGCAUCUCCUUCCCUUCUCUGGCAAUGAUUUGCUUCUUUACUUGCUGGUUUCCUUGUAUGGGGCAUACAUAGCAAGAGACUGCAAGGGAGAAAUGUAUAGUUCUUGCUGAAAAAUUAACUCUACCCUCCCAUUUGAUAAACAAGGUUUACAUUUGCAACUAAAAUCCAGAUGCAAUUUUCAACUAUUCUGAAACCAGCAGGACACAUUUGACUUUAAUAGUUUUCUUAGCGGAAAUUGUAGAUGUUUUUUUCAGUUUAACUUAUGAGAAGAUUAUCUGAUGCAUUUUGUGUUGACUUCCCCUUUAGUGGUUUAUUUUGUCUUUCUGCCCAUCUGUCUACUAAUAAAAUGUGAAAUAAAAUAUACCUGUCUUGCUACUUC